GCAUCUGUUCACACGACAACGGCAUCACUACUUUGCCGAGCUUUUAUCAUCAUUAUUGCCGCUCUUCAGGGCACAGAAAUUUUGUCAUUGGAUAUAAUAUCUUCUGUUUUCCUAAGAAUCUACUUGUCCAACCUUGCUUAACUUCACAGCAAAAAUGAACGCUCCAGACAGGUUUGAGCUCUUCAUGCUCCAGGAGGGCGAGAAGAAGAUUACCGAGAAGGUAGUGACAGGAAUGUCAAAUGCGUCCGACUUCAUUCUCCUUAAAGAAGACCACACACUGGGCAACCUUCUCAGCGCACACCUCAAGCAGGCGCCCCAUGUCCUGAUGGCCGGGUACAAGAUCGCUCACCCUAAUGUGCCCGAGGUUCUCAUCCGCAUCCAGACGGACGGCACCCUCACGCCCCGCGAGGCGUUGGUUAGCGUCUGCAAGCAGCUUGUCGCCGCCUACGGUCACUUGGGCCGCGAGUUCCAGAAGGAACUUGCUCUUCGCCAGUAUGCCGAUCAGGGCGAGCAUGCUGCUGGUGGUGGCGGCAUGGGGGGCCAAAACGGGUUCUGAAGGACAAAAAACGGUACUUCGUGGUUUUCCAUUUUGUUGAGACAGGGCAGGCGUUUGAUGGGAGAAGGCGUUAUAGGGGGUCUGUCGUGGGCAAUAGCACCGGGAAUCUGAUACCUACUAUAUCUGUAUCGCAUGGGAUUUACACCAGGUCUCUUCAUGCAUGGAUGGCGCUUUUGGGGUGACUGUCUACGUCCUUACUACGGUUCGGCGGAUCCUUUUGAGUUCUACUCCUUUGCCGGACAUACAUCUGAGAUACGCGGCUGCUGAGUGUCUGUCAAUAGACGAAUAAACCCGGUGGUUUCGCACUAUUUCUGUUAACCGUCUUGAGUGGCGUCCGAUUAAGACUGUUUGGUAUCCUCAUUCAUGGGCCAUGUCUCGAUGCCACAUUCCCUUAUGGCUCGAGC